ACGUAAUCGUUAAUAAAACACACACGUCGAAUGCGACCAAGCCCGACAAUGAUUAUCUGUCGCUCAUCGUCGUUUUAUUGCAAAUUAGUGCGGGUUAACUAAUUUUUACAACCCACAGUUAACGAUCGAAUUUAAUAUUUGUCAUAAAUGUCAAAAAGAAAUUAAAAAAUGUUGUUCAAAUUAUUUGUUUUAUUCGCAUUUAAGAAUUCCAUACUAACGAUUCUAAAUUACACCACGAAAUUGCCGUCGGUUUAGAAAGUGUUGUGCAUGAAUACCCUUUGCCCUUGUUUUUUUGCCGCAAAAGUCUGUUGAAAAUGCUAUUUAUUAGCUAUUAAGCGACUAUAAAAGCAAUAAAAUGCUAACACAAAUUAAUCCAAACAAAUAUAAACAUUUAAAUUAUUGUGACCAUAAAAUUGGUGACAUGCAUGUCCAUGCCGAACGUAAUUCGAACGAAUAAUAAUACCAAAAUAAAACACAACUAGCAACAGUUCGAAACAGCUGUCAACACGGGUGUCGAAUUUACGAAUUGGCUGUUUGACUAAAUUGGAUUUAAUUGCCAUUAAUUUAUGCUAAUAAAGAACUACCGCAGUGGCAAAUGUGUCAAUUUUCAAAGCAAUGAGACGUGGAAAAUUGCAACAACUACAGAAUGGAUCGGAAAAUAAAAAUUUGGGAUCAUAUGUGUCUGAAGUGUGAAUAACUUUGAUAUUUUUUUUUAAAUAUUUUGUGUCAAACAACUUCCCAAAUAUGAUGGAAAUAUAUUAGAAUUGUGUUCAAAUGUUUCAUCAAAGAAUUUAAGAAAAAUAAGUGUUAAAGGUUGUUUUAGAAGCGAGCUUUUCAAUCAUUUCUAUUAGAAGGACGUAACGGUAAAAUAUUAUGCAACGGUCAUACUAUGUUGUAUAAUGUACCGUGCUACCAAAAUUAUUCAACGCUGGAUUACUACAAGGUUAAACGUCCCAAAACAGAGCCCACAGACACAAAUGAUAGAAAUCGACUCUGUACGACGGCUCAAACCUCGCUUACGACGCAGCAGUCCGCCUCUGCCGCUCAUUUGCAACAUUUGCAAGGUCCAUUGGGGAGCUCUCAAGCCGGCUCUCCGUUAAUAUCUAGUGGCUCCUCUUUGCUUGCUUCAACCGGCCAAUGUAGUCCUCUCUCAUUGCCACCACAAACCCAACCGCUGCAACCUACCAUAACCUCGUUGGCCUCACUCUCAAAUUAUCAUCACGCUCACACAUCGCAUUCACCACACCAUCAUCAGCAGCAUCAACAACAACAGCAGCCGCACCAUCAACAGCCACAAUCAUCAUCAGCUUCAUCCCUGAGUGCGAGUAGCUGUAGCCUGACCGCUAAUAAUCUGCCAUCUCUUUCCAACGCCUCAGCGUCUCAAUUUGCCCACACGGCAGGCAGCAGUAGUUUCUCAACAUAUCAACAGCAUGCAGUAAAUGCAUCCGUAUCUGCUGCAUCCACAACAACAAAUGACAAUUCCACCACGCUCUCCUCGUCCAAUUCCACCUCGGCACCAGUGAAUGCGCUGAGCAGUAGUAGCAGUGGCAUGUCACACUGGCUAAAUGCUGAACAUCAGUCUGCAACACAACUGGCUUCGGUCAAGUCAGAGAGUCGCUCGCCCGGCAUAACGAAUCCAAAUCAAACGACGCCACAGCAGCAUUUGCAAUCAUCCUCGAACUCCACCGAAGUAUCUGGUCUUAGCGGUCACUUGGAAUCGAAUGGUAAUAACGGAAAUCAUCCCAACUCGGUAUCGAAUUUAUAUAGUUGUUCUGCUGCGGUGAACUCCUCAGCGGGAUUGGUUGGUCUCGAUUCGCCCAGCAACACACUGAGCUCCUCUUCGAUGGCAGCCGUGAAUUCGACUGCAGCAGCCGCCGCCGCAGCUGUUGCCUAUGACACCAAGCAUGAUUACUACAAUUAUUACAAUAGUAUGCAACAGUAUACACCGCCAUUCUAUUCCACCUACGGUACACCCUAUACGACAGCGGCGAGGACAGCUCCGAAAAUCGAACCUUCAUCGCCCUACCUGACAUCGACAUAUGCCUCCAGCAAUAACAACUCGGCUCAGCUUUAUCCUACAGCCUAUGGCUACAAUAACUUUGCCCAAUUCGGAACGGCCGCAGCCCAGCAGGAUUACUCGUCGUAUUACAACGAUCAGUAUGGCAACUACUACAAUCCUGCAAACUAUUCACCCUAUGCAGUUAGUUCGCCCAGUUCCAGUGCCAGUCAUGGGUUCCAUGUGGCGGCCUCCAAUUUAUCGGAAAGUCCAACCGAUACCCACUCCACCACUCCGGUCUUGCACAACACCCAUUCGCCGCACUCUCCGCUACCCAUUUCGCCCAACAAUAAUAUGGCAUCAGCCGGCAACAGCACCUCAAGCAAUGCGGCGACGUCAUUACCAAAAACUACACCCACUGGCAAGACGGGACGGUCUAGAGGACGUCGCCACCAGCAACCUAGUCCAACGCGCAGCUGUACCUCCGAUACGCCAAACAGUGAAGCUGUCAAGCCACCGGAGAGAGUUUUCAUUUGGGACCUAGACGAGACCAUUAUCAUUUUCCACACACUGCUGUCGGGUUCCUUUGCCAGCCGAUAUACCAAAGAUCACAGCGCCCUAAUGACGAUAGCUUUUCGCAUGGAGGAGAUGGUCUUCAACUUGGCCGACACCCAUUUCUUUUUCAACGAAAUCGAGGAGUGCGACCAGGUCCACAUCGAUGAUGUUUCAUCGGAUGACAACGGUCAGGAUCUGAGUACAUAUAACUUUGCUACAGACGGUUUUCACACUGGAGCUCCACCCGGCGCUCCUCCAAAUAUGUGUUUGCCCACAGGUGUGAGAGGCGGUGUAGAUUGGAUGCGCAAGUUGGCUUUUAGAUACAGGAAGAUCAAGGAGAUAUACAACACCUACAGGGGAAAUGUUGGCGGUCUAUUGGGUCCUGCCAAGAGAGAUGCUUGGCUACAAAUUCGCCAGGACAUAGAAAUGGCUACCGACAAUUGGGCUUCAUUGGCUACCAAAUGUCUGAAUAUGAUAGCUCAACGUGAGAACUGUAUCAAUGUCCUGGUAACCUCCACACAACUGGCACCAGCGCUGGCGAAAGUUCUCCUCUUCGGUCUGGGAGGCAUUUUCAAUAUCGAAAACAUUUACAGUGCCCAUAAAAUAGGUCAGGAAACUUGUUAUGAGCGCAUUGUGACGCGUUUCGGACGCAAAAGUACCUAUGUUGUUGUGGGCGAUGGUGCCGAGGAGGAGUCCGCUGCCAAGGCAAUGAAUUUUCCGUUCUGGCGGAUAUCAUCGCAAAGUGAUAUUAGAGCUUUAUACACAGCACUGGAUAUGGGUUUCUUAUGAAAAUCUUUCUGAAAAAUCAAAGUGCUUGUUAGGGCAACACUGUAAAUUAUACGAAAAGAGAAAAAAAAACAACAAAAAAAGAUAGUUAAACGUAAGAAUGAAACUUCUUCUGAAAAACGCACUAAUUUUCAAAGACUUAAAAACAAAACAAAAACUGUACAAAAUUCUUACACUAACUUUUGAAAAUGUAGUAUUUUUUUUUAAAUAUAAUUAUAAAUUAUUUAUUAAAUUGCCUAAGUUUUACACACACACACAUGCAUACGUAGAUUAUGAAAAGAAAUAGAUGUAAGCACAAAAUAAUUUAAUUAUUUUGUUUGUAACAGCGGCGUUGCACAUAUUAAAAAUACGAUUACGAUUAGUUCAGUUCGUCUUCUUUACUUCUGUAUAAUGUUUGUAUAUUAUUUUAUUUUAUUAUUUUUAUAAUUAUGACAUUUUAAUUAUAAAUCGAAGAUACACAACUUCAAUGCGAUUGUUCUGUAAAAGCAAGCACACAUUUGUUUUUUUUUUGUAUUUUUUUAUCGAAUAAGUAGAUGUAUUUUAACUGUAUUUUGAAUUAGUAUUAAAUGUUAGUGAGUAGCAAAAACAAAAGAGAAAAACAAACCGAAAACUGAAAAUGUGUUGUAAUACACGAUGACGCCAACAACAAAAAUAAAUAUAAUUAUUAUUAUUAUAAAUUAUUUAGUUAAAAAUGUAUUAUGCAAAAUAUUGAAAUGCAAAAAAAGAUGAACAAAUAUAAAAAAGCAAACAAAACAAAAAAGAAAGUAAAUAUAAAAAACCUUAAAAUAAAUUUCAAGUAAUCAAAUAAAAACUUGCACUAUUAUAAUGAA